GUAUAUUUUAGCCUUUAUUUGAACAAACGGAAACAGGGGGUCUGAACAAGAAGGCAAGCAAAACUGGCGGGCCGCUUAAUUACUUUGAAUAUUAAAAAACCUGAGACUCAAGAAAGAUCCCUGUUGGGAGCGAAGAAAGAUGGAGUCCCCAAUCUCAAUCCGCGACACUGAGAUCCCUCUUCAAAUGCAGAACAUCAUCGACGCUUCCACCGCUUCUUACAUCAAAUCCCUCCAUUCCCUCAGAGCCACAGCUCAAGAAACUGCUCGAUGUCAAGAUCUUCGGGUUUUGACUCCAAACCCUAACCCCGUACACUCCACUACUUUCGUCUUACUCGCUCACUCACUCACUCACCAUCUUUCUUUCUCCCCAGUUCAACUAGACGAGGUUAAAGCUAAACUCAGAGAGACCGAGGAUGAUUUCGUUAAAGCACUUGCAGUCAAGACCCGUAAAGAGGCCAAGCGAAUGGCUUUGAUGGAUGUUGUUGCUUCUGCAAAGGCCAGAGUUGAAGACCUCAGCGCAAGUAUUCGGGACCAUCGAACCAAAAAACAAGAAUAUGCCGCAUUUAUAUCUCUCGGGAAUUUAGUUGUGACAACUGAUGAACAUGAAGAAUCUGCCUUUAACUCUGCAUCUGCUCCAGUUUUAUCAAUGUCAUCUGUUAGAAGAGAUUUUCUAGGCAAGGAAAAUGAGCAUCAAGCUGAACCUACAGAAGGCAAUAAACAGUUCAAAAAACAAAAUGUGCACAGAAGGCUAAAAUCAUCAGUUUUAUCUCCUGGAUCUGCUUCAUCUGUUUGCCAGUCUCCUCGUUUGAAGGUAUGAGUUGAUCUGCAUCAAGCUGAACCUACAGAAGGCAAUAAAAUUCCUUUCUCAGCACACGGUAUUAUCCCAAGAUAAUGGUCUUCACAGAAGAUGUUCCCCGGUUGUAGUUGGCCAUUGUACCUUCAACAUGAAUGAUUAAGAAGUCCCUUUAUAUAAUUUUUUUUUUAUCUAUUAUUGGUGUGAUUGAUCAAUCUUAGCCUAGAGAAAGACGAUAAUGGUUAGACUAACUACUUGGCUCAGACUAUCUAAGACAACUAUUUUGUCCUUGAUAUGGGCAUUGUAGAUGCUGAGAAUUUUAUUUUAGUAAUUGUAUUGUGUAUUAAGUAUUAACAUUGUAUGAUUGUUAUUGUUUGAAUUUUAUUUUCAGCAAAUCAGAAACUGACAACAAUCCAAUUACUGGAUAUGUAGAUGCUGACUAUGCAGGUGAUAUAAACAAGAGAAGGUCAAUAAUUGUCUAUAUAUUCACUCUAUAUGGCAAUGUAGUCCGUUGGAAAGCAAAUCUUCAAUCUGUUGUGGCUCUGUCAACCACUGAAUCAGAGUACAUUGCACUGACUGAGGCCAUAAACGAAGCUUUUUGGCUGAAAGGAUUUGUAGAGGAGCUGGAAGGAAAGAAACUGAAGACUGAGGUUAUGUGUGAUAGCCAAAGUGCUAUAUGUCUCUCUAAGAAUCAGCCAUUCCAUGAGAUGACAAAACAUAUAGAUGCAAGGUUUCAUUUCAUCUGAGACAUCAUUGCAAAAGGAGUGAUCCAAGUGAAGAAAAUUGCAACUGAAGAGAACCCUACUGAUAUGUUGACCAAGGUUCUCACUGCUGCUAGGUUUGAGCAUUGUCUAGACUUAGUAGGCAUUCAAAGACCUAAUGAGUGAAGUUUCAAUUCAGAAACUUGAGACAUUUAUUGGAGCUGAAGCUGAUAAUGAAGAUCCAAGGUGAAGAUUUGUGAGGAUUAGGGGAUCACCAUUAGGCUUAGUUAGUUAGAUGCCAUAGCUGUUUUUGGCUAAGUGUUAGUUGAAGAGCCUUGGUAGUUAAGUUAGUUAUUUCUAUUAUAACUAACUUUAGGCUUGUGGAUUCCUUCUAUAUAAAGUCUUAGCUAGGCAACUCAUGUGAGUGUGAAUCACAAACAAUUUGGUGAGAUACCUUCGAGUAUGUGUGAGAUCAAAGUGUGAGCAAUCUAGCUCUUGUAAAGUUAUUGUAAUCUCUCAAUAAAAGUCCAUGAAGUAUCUUGAAGAGUG